AUGUGCGGAGUAGUCAAGAGAGAUUCUUGUCCUGGGUCGAAAAAUAUCCCUCCAGCUAGCCUCAAUUUAGCAGGUGGUGUCUCAAGGGUACAUAGUCCCUCUGAUUUGCCUAGAGGGGUCUUUUCGGCCCGCGCUCGCGCAAGCGAUAUCCGUGGACUUGUAUUGAUUUUCCCCCCGAGACUAGCAACAUUAGAGAACCGCGUGUUUCUCCAGCUCGCCCUACUUAUCCCCUCUCCCCACCCUCACUACGCCGAGGGAUAUCUGGAGUAUCACAUAGGGCGCUGGUGA